CCGCCCAUGUCACAAGUUGAAGAGAAGGUCAUCUCCCUUAUUCCUAAGUGUCAGGUGGAAGGCAUUGUUGGAGGGCUGGAAACUGGAGGGUUUGAAAACGAAAUUAUUCAAAUAUUGGAUGUGCCACAGUCUCCGCUGAUGCAAAGAGGUCUUGAUCUUGUUAAGAUGUAUCUACCAGAGGAAGGACAACUGACAGCAUCAACAUCUAGAGCCACAACAGCAGCGGGUCAGUUCACAGCAGGACCUCGGAACACAACAGAAGCAUCUGCCUCAGCAACCCCAUCAGUUAACCAGCAACUCCCUAUUGAAUCAAAAAGUGAAAAAAGGUUCAUAUAAUCAUCUGUAUAAUAGUAUCUCAAAAUUGCCUUUUGAUACAUAAUGAAUGAUGGCAUUAUAAUAACUGCUACGGUUUCUUGUUCAUAAUAAUGUAAUUGAACUCAGAAUGGCAUCAUUAUCACAUCAUUAAUAUUUGUGUACACUAAAUCAUUUUUGAAAAAGGUUUGAUUGUUUCAUAACUUAUGGAUUGCAAUUUUCAAGAAUAUUCCAAAAAGAUACAAUUACACUUUUUGUCUACUUUGUCUAGUGUCCAGACAGAAGACAACGACUGGAAAUGAAAUCAUACAAAUUGAAAAUAAAAAGCUCCAGGCCAUGAGGGAAUUUUUUGAUGAUGUGUCAUCCAAAUUAGACAACAUUAUUGAUUUACAGAGGCGAAAAUUGCAGUUGGAGGAGGAGAAGAUCAAGAUUCUUAAAUCCACAGAGAACUUGUCUGCCAAAACCCCGUCACCUCGAAAUAUAUUCAAAUUGCUUGAACUAUAAUGUACCACCUAAUAAAAUUUAAAUCAGUAAGUUAUUGACAUGAUUUCAGGAUUUAUGAAAAUAAUACAGAAUUUUGUAUUUGUCAAAAAAUACAUAGCUAAGAAAAACAACAGGAUUAACAAAUUUCACAAAAAAUUGAGGUUUGCACUUUGUCUUUCUAUACCCAUCCUGAUAUUAUCACACUUUGAAAAUUUUAACUCUUUGUUGCUGAUGUAUAACUAACCCAGAGAGU